AUGAGUGAAAUCAAGCCAGAGUCUAUGGAAGUGACUGAAGAGAAUGAUUCAAAAAAUGAGAAAGCGGAGAAUAAAUUGGCUUUUUCCAUAGAUAGUUUGCUAGCAGAUAAAUUUGUUAAGGAUGAUAGUGCUAAAGCUUCAACUUCUGACGCUGAAUAUUUUUGUGUUUUUAACAAAGACAAUGUUAACGUUGAUUCGGAUGAGGACAAAGAAAGUAGUGGGUCGGAGCAAUUAGAUGUAGAGAGUUCGACGACAGGCGACGCGCAGGAGUUCGAAAAUAAACCAUCUGAAUAUCAAUCAGGGUCAUGUACAUCCCGCGGUAAGAGAGCUCGGACUGCGUUCAGCGCACAACAGAUUAAGAGCUUGGAGGCUGAGUUUGAGAAGAACAGAUACUUAUCGGUGGCCGCUAGAGGGCGCCUCGCGAGACAACUGCGCCUCACCGAAACACAGAUAAAAAUAUGGUUUCAAAACCGCCGCACCAAGUGGAAACGGAAGUACACGAACGACGUUGAGAUACUCGCACAGCAGUAUUACAAUAGCUUAGGCAUAAUAACACCACGACCGAUGUUUGUGGGCGACCGACUCUGGAUAUUUAACUAUCCCAACCGUCUCCAACCGACACAACAACAACAAUGGGCGAAAUCUCUGAACAAUAUCGCAAAUGUACAACAAAAUCCGGUCCUAGAUCGCAAUUUAUUUAGAAAUGUACCAAAACCGGAUAUGCCAUUUUUAUUACCCCCGCAGUAUCCGAACGAGCGCGUGUUUUUGAAUGUGGAUAGGAAUUUGACAGCUGUCAAGAUUCCCGCGCAAAAUCGCCUAGUGUCAGUGCCGCGGGAAGUGUACAGCAACAUGGCGACUGCGCAGAGGAGUUUAGAUUUAUACAAAAAUAAUAUUUUAAAUAGCGCGGGACAAGAGUCUAGUGUGGAUCAUUUGAGACGGUUGGAGGAGAAUUUUAGUAUU